AUGGCAGGAAAUCUUACUACAUUAGCUCGAGCUAGCCGUCAAUUGACUGCUUUAUACGUUAAGCAAACCUUACGUUCCAUUCAUAAAACGAAUUCAAGUACAAGAUAUGGUCAAGGUAAGCGUAAUAGCGUUUGGAAAUAUUUUCGUAAUCCUUGGUUUGCUGCUGUGGCUGUAUCCUCAGUUGGCUCUUUAAGUUGGAUAGGGUAUAAAUAUAUGGUAAAGAAGGAUGAUUUCAUUAAGGUAACAAGGGUCUACGCAAAGUCACAAGACAGUGAUAUCGAUAGAGAUAAUAAAAUGCCACGUUCAAAGCAAUAUAAUUUUAUUGCGCAAGCUGUGGAAAUGACAGCUCCUACUGUGGUCCAUGUUGAAACUGCAGCCACCAAUAGGACUAUGUUUGGAGAUGUUGUUAUGCAUGGAAGCGGCUCUGGAUUUAUUAUUAGUGAAGAUGGAUUAGUAUUAACUAAUGCCCAUGUUAUUGAACGAGCUUACGCUGUUAAAGUCAAACUUUAUGACGGUAGUGAACUUGCUGGAGAGGUGAUCGAUGUUGAUAUAGAUGCUGAUCUCGCUUUGAUAAAGCUGAAAACGAAGAAAAAGUUACCAGCAAUGGCACUUGGAUCAUCUAGUCAACUUCGUCCUGGCGAAUGGGUUAUUGCUAUGGGCAGUCCACUUAGCUUAACUAACACGAUCACAGCAGGAAUUGUUAGCACUGUUCACCGUGAAGUUCCUGGUCUGCAUAGUGGUAUUCAAUAUAUUCAAACAGAUGCUGCUAUAAAUGACGGCGAGGCUAUUGGUAUUAACACGAUGAAAGCUGUAGUUUCUGGCAUCUCAUUCGCGAUACCGAUUGACGUAGCCAAGGAGUUUCUAAAGAAUGCACAAUUAAGAUCAUCAACGAGUAAAACUCGUAGAUCUCGAAUGGAUUACUACAUUGGGAUUUCAAUGUUGACUUUGACACCUAGCAUCCUAGGAGAAAUUCAAGCAAGGACAGAUAAACUUGAUGAUAUCACCACUGGAGUAUUUUUGCCAAAUGUAGCGGCUGGAUCACCAGCUUAUAGAGCUGGCUUAAGGGGAGGUGAUGUCAUUACCGAAGUGAAUGGAAAAUCUGUAAAAGCUAGUAAGGAGAUUUAUAAUAUUGUUAAAGCCGGAGAGGCAAUGCAAGUUAAAGUCAGAAGAGGAACAGACGAUUUUACGUUUUUUGUUACACCUGAGUCCAAAUUUUAA